AUGGAGAUGAGUGAGAUAAAGGGAAUCAAUGAUCACAAAGAGAACAAUAUAAUUGAAAUUAGGAAUCUCAAAGUGUGGACAGCAGAGGAAAAAUCGUGGUGGACACGAAAGAUUAGAUGUAUAAAAAAAGAUGAAUUCAUAGCUGUCCUUGGACCAAGCGGUGCUGGCAAGACGACCUUUCUUACAGCGUUAGCCGGGAAAUGCGCAUUACCGUCCACAGGGGUUGUUACAUUAAGAGGCAGAAAUAUCAAAGAAAUAAAAGGGAUUGCCGAAAUGGUUCCUCAAGCAGAAGCGUUUAUAAGCAAAUUGACUGUUAUGGAACAUUUGGUUUUCAUGACAGAAAUGAAAGUGGGUAGCAGCAUGAAAGCACUAAACAAUGUAAUACUAAACUCACUAAUUAAAGAUUUAAAAUUAAAUACUUUAGUGAACACAACCAUUGCCGGUUUGUCUGGAGGUGAGAAACGGUUACUAUCUUUGGCUGGGUCGCUGCUAUCAAGUCCACAAAUCCUUAUCUGCGAUGAGCCAACGACAGGACUAGACAGUUACAAUGCUUCUCUAGUAAUACAAGUCUUAAAGAAAAUAUCUGGAAAGAUCGUCAUUUGUUCUAUACAUCAACCUUCGUCGGAUCUAUUUAAUGAAUUCUGUUCCAUAAUGCUUAUGGCUGAAGGAAGAUUGUUAUUUCAUGGAAGUCAGAAAGAAUGUUCGGAGUUGUUUAAAAGCUUGAAUCUCCACUGCCCGAAAAGUUACAAUCCAGCAGAAUUUUACAUAAAAACCAUAAUGUCUAAUCCUACUAUGCAAAUUCAAGCGUAUAAGGUUUCUAAAAUUCGAGACCAGUCCAUCGACGAUGAAACUAUCUCCGAAGCGAUUAAUGUGCAAGCAGAAAGUAACAUUACCCAGAGAAAUUGGUUUGUCCAAGUGUACCUCUUACUCUGGAGAUCAUCGUUGGUAACAUCGAGAGAUAUUAGGAGUCAUAUUGUUCAACUAAUUGUUUGUGUGGCAAUCUCGUCAAUAAUAAUAGGAACAUGUUACGUAGGAAUAACAGGGACAACUCAACGUGGGAUCCAAGACCUUAGAGGUCUCAUCUGGCUCAUUUGUAGCGAAGUUUGCUUCAAUCUCUCCUAUAAUGCCUUGUAUAUUUUUGAGAGUGAUCUCACGCUGUUUCGGAGGGAGGUUGGCAUUUAUCGAACUUCAGCGUAUUUUGUUGCUCGGUUCUUGGGUAUGAUACCGCGAUGCGUAAUAUGGCCGGUGACUUUCGUGGCCAUAGCGACGAUAGCGGUGGAGUUGCCCAAUCACAUUAUCACAGCGAUGGAAUUUGUAGUUGCCUUAAUAGUUGCUGCUAUUGCUGCCUCUGGUUAUGGUCUUGGUAUGGGAGCUCUUUUUGUAUCGUCAGGAGUAAUUAGUGACGUCAUGCCAAGCGCUGAUCUCCCACUCUUCCUCAUGUCCGGAGCCUUCUUGAGGAUAUCUUCUCUCCCUUUUUGGCUUUACCCUUUGAAAUAUGUUUCGCAUUUCUACUACGGGAUGGACGCGUUGAGCAAUAUUUAUUGGAGGCAGAUUGAUCAUAUUGAUUGCCCCUCAAACUCAACUACGAAGUGCAUAACUGAUGGCGUAUCAGUGUUAAUUGAGAAUGGCUACUCCGACAACUAUGUCCUCCAAGAUUCGUUAGGACUUCUGUUUGUGACUUUACUUUGGAGCCUUAUUGCUUAUUACGGACUAAAGAGAGAAGAAAAAAUCGGAUAUGCUUAUUAAUUUGAUUUAUUUUUAUUUAAUAUUUAGGUAAAUAAAUAGAGUAAGGAACAUUUAAAAUUUUUGUAUCAGUCAUUGGUACCUAGUCAAA